AUGGCUAAGAACGAUGCAGUAAUACAAAGCCAAGCAGCUUCUCUUCGUAAUCUUGAGAUGCAGCUCGGCCAGCUAGCCAAUGAAAUGAAAACUAGGCCACAAGGAUCUUUGCCUAGUGAUACAGAAAACCCAAGGAGAGAUGGGAAAGAACACUGUAAAGCUAUUCAGCUGCGGAAUGGUAAAAAUCUGGGAAAUUCUGAGGAAAUACAGGGUAGUGGAGAGCCCACUUCAAUCCAAAGCGAAGGAGAAACAAGUAACAAAACUGCCCAGGAAAUUGCUGAAACUGGCCCAGUUGCUACAGCAAAGGGUCAGCAAACUGCUCCAGUAAAUUCUGGUCCUAAACCGCCCCUUCCAUUUCCGCAGCGAUUUCGCAAACAACAACAGGAUGGUCAGUUCAGAAAGUUUUUGGAUGUACUAAAACAGCUGCAUAUUAAUAUCCCCUUGGUCGAAGCAUUGGAGCAAAUGCCGAAUUAUGUCAAGUUCUUAAAGGAUAUUUUGACGAAGAAAAGGCGUUUGGGGGAGUUUGAAACUGUAGCACUUACAGAAGGAUGCAGCGCAAUGUUGAAAAGUAAAAUACCCCCUAAAUUAAAAGAUCCUGGCAGUUUUACAAUUCCGUGCUCAAUUAGGGGUAGAGAUGUGGGAAGAACAUUAUGCGACUUAGGCGCUAGUAUCAACCUUAUGCCUAUGUCAAUUUUCAAGAAGCUGGGUAUUGGUGAGGCACGACCCACUACUGUUACUUUACAACUUGCGAACAGAUCUAUGGCUCAUCCCGAGGGCAAGAUUGAAGAUGUGUUAGUUCAAGUGGAUAAAUUUAUAUUUCCGGCGGAUUUCAUCAUUUUAGACUAUGAAGCGGAUAGAGAGGUACCUAUAAUCUUGGGUAGGCCUUUUCUUGCUACAGGGCGUACUCUUAUUGACAUGCAGAAUGGUGAAAUUACCAUGAGGGUGAAUGACCAACAAAUCACCUUUAGUGUGUUUAAAGCUAUGAAAUUCCCGGAUGAAGUGGAAGAAUGCUCUAGAGUUGACGUUGUUGAUACUUUGGUAGCUGAGAAGUUCAAUAAAAGGGUGGAAAAAGCUGCUAUGGGAACCCAGAUUUUUGGAGAUGAGGAGGAGUAUAGCAGUGAAGAUGAGGAGAUGAUUACAUGGGUAGAUUCUUGCCAACCAACCAAGAAAUAUAGUAAGGUGUUUGAAGCUCUAAAUUUGCCAGAAAAGCACUUUCAGGCCCCUAAACCAUCUGUUGAAGAACCACCUCAGCUGGAGUUAAAGCCACUGCCAAGUCAUUUAAAGUAUGUGUACUUGGGCGACAAUGAUACUUUACCUGUGAUAAUAUCUAGCUGUCUGGAGUCUGUUGUUGAAGAGGCAUUGCUGAAAUUGCUGAAGCAUCAUAAAAGGGCGAUUGGAUGGACAAUGGCUGAUAUUCAAGGGAUUAGUCCAGCACUAUGUAUGCACAAGAUCUUGCUGGAAUCUGAUUGUACUCACUCUGUGGAGUAG